AUGAGGAUUUUUGCCAAGAUGUUUGUGACUGUGCCUCGGCUCUGCAGAGUCCUGCAGCUCACCCUGGCGGUCAUCAAGCCUGAUGCCGUGGCUCAUCCUCUCAUCAUAGAGUCAAUUAAUGCCAACAUUCUUGAAAAUAAAUUUCUCAUCAUCAGACGCAAAGAUUUACACUGGAAAAAGGAACACUCAGAAAUGUUUUAUGCUGAACAUUCAAACAGAUUCUUCUAUCAACGACUUGUUGAAUUUAUGUCAAGUGGUCCAAUGCAAGCAUACAUAUUAGCCAGAGAUGAUGCCAUACGUCACUGGAGAGAAAUGAUGGGGCCGACAAAAGUCUUCAGGGCCAGACACACCUCUCCAGAUACCAUCAGGGGGCGCUUCGGACUUACGGACACAAGGAACACGACCCAUGGCUCAGAUUCUGUUGAGUCUGCACAAAAAGAGAUCCCUUUUUUCUUUCCGGAUUUCUGCAUUGAUAGAUGGAUGAAAGAGGAGGAGCCUCUAUAUAGAGCUGGAAAGGCCAUCUAUGACCCUCACAAAAUGAUUCAUACUCUUUCAAUACUUACCUGA